GCAUAAUAUUAGAUUGCCCCUAUUCUUCAAAAGUACUUCUCAGGAUUCGGGCCCGAAAUCGAUGAGUUGAGUACUAAGGCAGCCACUGCCAUGGAUAUCAAGAAGAAUGAGCAGGUAGGUACCGAUUGCUUUGAUAUUGUUAUGGCAUAUUGAACUGAAUGUAAAGCUGAUAGGACUGAUUAAUGGUAUUGUAUGUUAGAUGAUGUACGCGUAUGGCCAGCUGUGCUCCUGUGUGGGACAAGAUGCUAUGCAGAGCAUGAUCCCGGCAAGGUAAAUGCGCCUUUCAUGGCUACAGCAGCAGUCGCAGCUGCUCUGUGUAUCCUGGCUUACCGAUUUGAUUUUGUCUCUUUACUCUAGUGAUGCUAUCGAGCGACUGAUCGCAGCCAGACUGGCCUCCAAGGAGUUUGGGAACUCGCCGCUACGUUCACUUGGUAGCAUCACGGCCCAGGGGAAGUUUGUCCUCACCGCAUCUUCGUCGACAUUCUGGCAACAACAGAAAACUCAGCAGACUAAAGAGCUUGCCAUUGCCAAGAAGACGCCGUUUUCCACCAAGGAUCUCUGGUCUGCCACCUCGGCAGGCAUGUCUAAGGCGCUAUCUCUCUUUGAAUCUACCAAGAAUAGGUCGCAGUCGGUGUCCUCUGGAAGCCAAGGGAACGGAUAUAACGUCUUGCCUUCAGCGACAUCCACACUGGCCUCUGUUUCUACUUCGAUGCCUGCGAAUACGUUGACGGCAUCAAUGAGUAUAUUAUCCUCAGUCGGGACUUCCGUACCAUCCAAAGACUAUGGGCCGAUUGAAAGAGCCAGUGAUAACGCGCCUGGAAACCAGGAUGCUAUGAAAUCGUCAGCAGAGGUCUUACCACCAGUUUCACUGUCGCCUGUCCUUGGCGCGGCCCCCGCGAGGAAGAAUCGACAGAGCUUUGGAUCUCCCGGUAAAGCUAAAACAGCAGCCAGGCUUGAACAACUGAGUAAUUGGAAUCGGUUUCUGUCAACAAACCAAGAAGAGAUGGCCAAAUCCAUGCAGUUUGCGUUCAACGACUGGAAGCUGGAGGGGCUAGAAGGCCAUACAUCUGGUAUCAGGGUCAUCGGAGCCAAUGAGUACCAGCGCAUCUUGGCAACAGGUUCCAAAGACCGGACGGUGAAAUUGUGGUCGCUGGAUAUUCAUAAAACGAUCGAGAACCCAGACUAUGCCGAUGCUGGAUCAGGAUGUCUGAUGACUUAUAACGGGCAUCGUCGAGGAGCUAUUUACGAUCUCCAUUUUGCCACUGGAGGAGGAUCAUUUGGUAUUGGAGACAUCGUCGCCAGCUGCGAUGGGCAGAUCCAUCUGUGGGAGCCGGAAACAGGAAAGACACUGUACCAGUUUAACACGGGUAAGGCUCCUGUUGUCACCAUGGUGCCGAUUCAUCGCUCGAGAUACAUUGUUGCAGGCCUAGUGGACAGCACGAUCAGCUUCUUGGAUAGCCAUACACACCUGAAUCUACACAGUUGGCGCACAACAUGUUACCAAGGAAUAGCUAUCAAGACUGUGGCGACCAAUCCUGCCGAGACACUGAUCGCCACAGGCUUCUCCAAUGGAACUGUAUCGCUGCUUGAAUCACGGACGGGUACCCUAGUCGGUAACUGGCGGGCGUCUGAUAAUGAAAUCACACAGAUGAAGUUUUACACGAAUGAUAUUCUGAUCACUUCGGCAUCGGCAGACCACAUGGUGUGUAUUUGGAACGUGCAUACAUUAACGCUGAUAAAGUCCAUCCGGGGCACGUCCGAGAUCGUAUCGCUGGAGAUCUUCAAGGACGAGAUCAUUACGAUGCAUCAUAACAAUUCAAUCUCGUUCACACCUAUCAAUGACGAUUCAUUGGCGUACACGUCCAAGUUCAAGAGCUCGGCAAUUCGGUCAUCGAUCUCAUGUAUCAGCAUCUUACCCAUGAACCAGUUACUGGUGUUGGGAUGCAUGGAGGGCGACUUGUAUUUGUAUUCAUGAUAGUGCUGUAGGGAUUUAUUGAAAGAUCAAAACAAUAAAGCCGCCUGCAAAAAAGAACUCAAGUGUUCCAAACCUGGAGC